AGGCAGCAUUUUUCAGCUUGCAGACGCAGUCCAGCAGAUUUCAGGCACGUGACCACUCAUCUUCCGGAAGUGACGGAAAAGCUGCCGCGCCGCAGUGGAUUUUGGGACAUCGUGCCAUAUUGACACACGACAGAAAUGGACGCGGGGUUUUUCCGCGGCACCAGUGCGGAGCAGGAUAACCGCUUCAGCAACAAACAUAAGAAGCUGUUGAAGCAGCUGAAGUUUGCAGAAUGUCUGGAGAAGAAGGUGGAUAUGACCAAGGUCAACCUGGAAGUCAUCAAGCCCUGGAUCACCCAGCGUGUGACGGAGAUCCUUGGAUUUGAGGAUGAUGUCGUCAUCGAAUUUGUCUUCAACCAGCUGGAGGAAAAGAAUCCAGAUGGGAAGAUGAUGCAGAUUAAUUUGACAGGGUUUUUGAAUGGGAAGAACGCUCGGGAAUUCAUGAAGGACCUCUGGCCGCUGUUGCUAAGUGCCCAGGAGAACAUCGCCGGUAUCCCGUCUGCCUUCCUGGAGCAAAAGAAAGAGGAGAUCAAACAGAGACAGAUCGAACAGGAGAAACUCGCCUCUCUGAAAAAAAUAGAUGAGGAUAAAAGGGAGAAGGAGAUCAAAGAGCGAGCUCAGUCAAAAAGCCCUAAAAGGAGGAAGUCCCGCUCCCCUGUGAAGCGCGACCGUAAAUCCAGUCCCUCUCGCUCUCCUCGCCGAAAACCGAGCCCGGCUGCCUCGCCGCCUUCUAGUCCGCCCAAUAAUAAAGAAGAACCAAAGCAAGAACCGGACCAAUCAGAGAGCUCCAAACCAGAGCCACUUGUUCAGGAGGCUUCCUCUACCAGUGAUCUGGUGGGUGAGAUGAAGCCGGACUCCUUAACAGAGGCUGUAAAAGAAUCCUCUCCAGACAAAACAUCCAAAUCGGAAGACAGGCCCAAACCCAGAGAACGGGACAGAGACAAGGAUGGACGGAGAGAUCGCCCACGCCACCGCUCUCGUUCUCCUCGCUCUCGCAAACGACCUCGAUCCCGCUCUAGGUCGUUCUCUCCUCGCCGCAGAAGUCCCAGGAGGCGAAUCUCUCCAAGACGUAGGAGCCCCCCUAGACGUCGACCUCCCUCUAGGCAUAGACGUAGCCGUUCACCUGUCCGCAGCAGGCGGCGCUCUCGCUCCCGGUCCUCCUCAGGCAGCUCCUCCUCUCGGUCACCCCAUAAGAGAGCAGGGAAACGUAGGUCAGUUACACCGCCCAGAAAACUUCCACGGCGCUUAGACCCCGCCAGCCCCUCCAGAAGACGAGGCCGCAGUCCUUCAGGACCAGACACCAGCCCUUCAGCUGUGAAGCACAGGCCUGGUGGAAGAAAUGACACACCUUCUCCAAAACCUAGACGGUCUGAUGCAUCAGAGUCUGAAGAGGAGAAGGUGGGCAAAGGGUCAACGGCAGAUUCUGUCCAGCAGCGCCGUCAGUAUCGGAGACAGAAUCAGCAGUCCUCUUCAGACACUGGUUCAUCCUCUUCUUCUGAAGAUGAAGGUCCAAGGAGGCAGAAUAGGGGGGCAGGUGCCAGGAAUGGAGAAAUCAGAAGGCGACGGAGCCAUUCACCUGCAUCACCACGGAGGCGACACAGAGAUGCAUCCCCAAGAAAGAGACGUUCUCCAUCACCUGCUGGCCGUAGACAUCGAUCACCCUCUCCUGUUCGCCGCCGCAGGUCACCCUCUCCUCCCCCGAGACGCAGAUCUCCAUCUCCACCUCAUCGCCGUUUCACUCCUCCUAUCCAGCGCAGAUACAGUCCCUCCCCUCCCCUAGCUCAAAAAAGGCGCUCAUCAGUGUCUCCUCCCAAACGUAGAAGGUCUCCAUCCCCUGUAUCCAAACAUAGAGGGUCUCCUUCACCUCUGUCCAAGAGGAGAGGAUCCCCUUCGCCCAUUUCAAAACGCAGAGGGUCUCCUUCACCCUUGUCCAAGAGGAGAGGAUCUCCUUCCCCCGUUUCAAAACGCAGAGGGUCUCCUUCCCCCGUUUCAAAACGCAGAGGGUCUCCUUCACCCAUGUCCAAACGCAGAGGGUCUCCAUCACCUGUGUCGAAGCGCAGGGCGUCUCCCUCGCCAGUGGCCAAGCGCAGGGCGUCUCCCUCGCCAGUGGCCAAACGCAGGGCAUCUCCCUCGCCAGUGGCAAAGCGUAGAGGAUCCCCCUCCCCUGUGGCGAAGCGUAGAGGGUCGCCCUCCCCUGUGGCCAAACGUCGCUCCUCUCGAUCCCCCAAACGGAGCCGUGGCAGUAGUCCAGGAAAAAGAGGUACUUCACCCUCGUCUGUUUCGCCUCCACCCCGCCACCGUAGAAGCUCUCCAAAUCCCCCUGCAGCCCAACGCGGCAGAGAUGCCCGCUCCUCUCCCUCUGCCCAUGCUACUCGAGUGUCUUCCAGUCCUCCAGCUCGAUACGGGCCCUCGAGUUUAUCCCCACAGAGACAAAGACGUCAGACGUCCCCAUCUCACAGCACCAGACCCAUUCGCAGGGUUUCCCGCACACCAGAACCACGCAAAUCUCAGAGAGGUUCUCAGAGCCCCCAGCCUGUUAGGAGGCAGGUUUCACAUUCACCAUCUGCUUCUCCUCCUCCUCCCACGGCUCACAAGCGACCUGCUUCAGUCUCACCCUCUCGUUCUGCUAGCCGUUCUCCACCUCCACCUGCCAAAAAGAACAGCAGUGUCUCCCCGAGCCCAUCACCUAACAAGAACUCAGAUGCAGAAGGUGGUAAAAAGAAGAAAAAGAAGAAAGAGAAGAAACACAAGAAAGAGAAAAAACACAAGAAGCAUAAGAAACAGAAGAAGGAGAAGAGUGGAGAAGAAAAGAGUGGAGGGGUGGCAGGAGGACACGGACAGGAAGCAGAGCCAGACUCUGACCAGAAAAAGGAAUCAGAGAGUGAAGUAGAAGACAGUUUGGAUGAUCUGGAGAAGCACCUACGUGAGAAAGCUCUUCGCUCAAUGAGGAAGGCCCAGAUGUCUCCAUCAUCUCAGUCCUGAGGGAUUAUCUACCACAUCCCACAUUUCCCUAUUUUUCUUCCACUCUGCAUUUUAAAUGUUUGAUGUUGGUUCAGCUUUAGAAUGUACAAAUUGUUAAAAUUCACCCUAGACUUGUUUGUUUUGGAUUUUUUUUUUCUGGAAUGUUUAUUGCUGAGGAGUUUUAUGAUGUGAAAAUGAUUGAGCAGCUGAAGCUUCUUGAUCAGAUUUUGUCCUUCUCCACCCUUAAAUACUGUCGACGACUGUUUAUCCCCCCUAAAAACAACUUUUUUUAGUCCCCAGUCCCCCUCAUGAUUCCUAUGUUGCUUUUAUAGUCACAAUGAAACAUGAAAAGCUUAUUUGCAGUUCUGAGUUAAUAAUGUACACGUUGGCCUGUGGAUUCUUGCUUCACUUCAGCAGGACUUUUUACGAGUGUUUUGUUUGCAUGGACGGCAGACCCCAGCGUGUUUGUCCUCUUGUGUGCAUGAUCCAUAAACCAAAACGCCCAGAGAGCUGAUCCAGCAGGCUGCUCUCUCUGUUCAUCUGAGCAUUGUGGCAACGCACGAGUGCUCUACUGUGCACAUGAGAACAAAUCAGAAAAGUCUGUUUUCAUCCUUUAUUUUUUUGCUUUAUAUUUUUUGUAACCUAAGUUGUGUUUGAAAUUGUUGAUCCCUGCAGUAAUUUCUGACUUUGAACAAAGUCACAUUAAAAUGUAAGAAAAUA